CUGCCCGUCAGCGAGAAGGCGGGUUUUUCCGGGUGCGGUGGUGCCGGUUUCGCUUAGUAGCUGAGCAGGCUUGAAUGGUCCUGAAUGGUGUGCUGUGCUCGCUAUGCUCUCUGUCCUGCUGCUGGAUGCUGUGGAACAUGCUCAGGCAAGCUCCGAAGUUGCUACAUGGAUGCAUUGACCUAUGAUGACGUGCAUGUGAACUUCACUCGAGAAGAAUGGGCUUUGCUGGAUCCUUCACAGAAGAGUCUCUACAAAGAUGUGAUGUUGGAGACCUACAGGAACCUCGAUGCUGUAGGCUACAAUUGGGAAGACCAAAAUACUGAAGAACAUUGUCAAAGUUCCAGAAGACAUGGAAGGCAUGAAAGAAGUCGUACUGGAGAGAAACCCUCUGAAAAUACUCAGUGUGGUAAAGCCUUUGCAUAUCACAGUUAUCCUCAAAGGCAUGAAAGAAUUCAUACCGGAGAGAAACCUUAUGAAGGUAUUCAGUAUGGUGAAGCCUUUGCACAACACAGUUAUCUCCAAAAGCAUAAAAUAAUACAUACUGGAGAGAAACCCUACAAAUGUAAUCAAUGUGGUAAAGCUUUUGCACACCAUCGUAAUCUUGGAAUGCAUAAAAUAAUACAUACUGGAAAGAGACCCUACAAAUGCAAUCAAUGUGGUAAAGCCUUUGCACGACACUGUCAUCUCAAUAUGCAUAUAAUAACACAUACUGGAGAGAAACCUUACAAAUGUGAUCAGUGUGGUAAAGCUUUUACAUCUCAUAGUGCUCUCCAAGUACAUAAGAGAACACAUACUGGAGAGAAACCCUACAAAUGUGAUCAAUGUGGUAAAGCCUUUGCACAUCAUUGUCAUCUCCAAGUACAUAAAAGAAUACAUACUGGAGAGAAACCUUACAAAUGUGAUCAAUGUGGUAAAGCCUUUGUAGGUCAGAAUGAUCUUAAAAGACAUGAAAGAAUUCAUACUGGAGAGAAACCUUACAAAUGUAAUGAAUGUGGUAAAGCCUUUACGUGUAACAGUAGUCUCCGAACACAUAAAGCCAUACAUACUGGAGUGAAACCUUAUGAAUGUAAGCAAUGUAGUAAAUCCUUUGCCUCUCACAGUCAACUUCAAAAACAUGAAAGAAUUCAUACUGGAGAGAAACCUUACAAAUGUAGUGAAUGUAGUAAAGCCUUUGUAGGUCAGAAUGAUCUUAAAAGACAUGAAAGAAUUCAUACUGGAGUGAAACCUUAUGAAUGUAAGCAAUGUAGUAAAUCCUUUGCCUCUCAUGGUCAACUUCAACAACAUAAAAGAAUUCAUACUGGAGAGAAACCUUACAAAUGUAAUCAAUGUGGUAAAGCCUUUGCAUAUCAAAGUUAUUUCCAAGUACAUAAAGCAACACAUACUGGAGAGAAACCCUACAAAUGCAAUCAAUGUGGUAAAGCCUUUGCCUCUCAUGUUCAACUUCAAAGACAUGAAAGAAUUCAUAAUGGAGAGAGACCUUACAAAUGUAAUGAAUGUGGUAAAGCCUUUGCACGACACUGUCAUCUCAAAAUGCAUAUAAUAACACAUACUGGAGAGAAACCUUACAAAUGUGAUCAAUGUAGUAAGACCUUUGCAUAUCAUAGAACUCUCCAAGUACAUAAAGUAACACAUACUGGAGAGAAACCCUACAAAUGUAAUCAAUGUGGUAAAGCCUUUGCACACAAUCACAAUCUUGGAAUGCAUAAAAUAAUACAUACUGGAAAGAAACCCUACAAAUGCAAUCAAUGUGGUAAAGCCUUUGUACGACACAGUCAUCUCAAAAUGCAUAAAAUAACACAUACUGGAGAGAAACCUUAUAAAUGUAAUCAAUGUGGUAAAGCCUUUCCAUAUCAAAGUACUCUCCGAGUACAUAAAAGAACACAUACUGGAGAGAAGCCCUAUGAAUGUAAUCAAUGUGGCAAAGCCUUUGCAUAUCAAAGUUACUUCCAAGUACAUAAAAGAAUACAUACUGGAGAGAAACCCUAUGAAUGUAAACAAUGUAGUAAAUCCUUUGCCUCUCAUGUUCAACUUCGAAAACAUGAAAGAAUUCAUACUGAAGAGAAACCUUACAAAUGUAGACAAAAUAGUAAAGCCUAUUCACAAUCAAGUCACCUCCAACUACAUAAAAGAACACAUACUAAAGAGUAAACUGGACUGAAGAGAUGGCUCAGCUGUUAAGAGUACCGACUGUUCUUCCAGAGGUCCUGAGUUCAAUUUCCAUCAACCACAUGGUGGCUCACAAACAUCUUUAAUAGGAUCCAAUGCCCUCUUCUGGUGUGUCUGAAGACAGCUACUGUGUACUCAUGCAUAAAAUAAGUCUUUUUUAAAAAGAAAGAAAAAAGUAACCCUAUGAAUAUAACCAAUAGGGUAAAGCCUUUACAGUGAUCUUGAAAGGUGUGGUGCUUUAAAUAUACUUGGCCCAUGGCACGUGGCAGUAUUAGGAAGUAUAGCCUUUCUGGAGUAGAUGUGGCAUGUCACUAUAGGGGUGGACUCUGAGAUUCUAUGCUUAAACUCCGCCCAGGGCAGAAGAAUCUUCUGGCUGCCUUCUGAUCAAGAUGUAGAACUCUGUCUCCUCCAGCACCAUGUCUGUUUGGACACUGCUGUUCUUUCUGCCUUGAUGAUAAUAGACUGAACCUCUGAAUCUGUGUACUACCCCCAAUUAAAUGUCCUUUAUAAGA